UUUCUCCAGCUCUAAUCGUGCGGCCAGAACUAGGAAAAAAAAAUUGCAAUCAAAUGGCUGGGAAACGGCAAGCGACGUCAAAUCUUAACCAUGAUAACUGGGACCAGGAGGAAGAGCCCGAGGACCGUGGCACCUUCAAGACGGCAACACAGGAGGAGUUGAAGACACGCGUCAUCAAGAAGGCGCGCCGCUCUGUUGCCGGUGCAUCCACAGAUGGCGGGGACACUGCAGCCGCAUCGAAAAGCAUUUUCAGUGGAUUUUCAGGUUUUGGUAGGCCGGCCAACGCAUCGGCUACAGGCUCGCCGUUUGCAUACCUAUCAAACCAGACGCCGGCUUCUACUAGUGGCGAAGCGCCGAAGACCACAUUUUCGUUUUUAACUAGUUCCAGCAACACCAAUAAAAAGCAAGAUGGCGAGACAGCGACCCUUGGCAGCAGCAUCAGCUCAACGGCCAGCACCAGCGAUGGUACUGCUCGAUCCUCUUCAAUAUUCGGCAACGUGUAUGCGGCUAAAAAGGAUCCCGAACCGUCGGCGGCCAGCAGCACUACUACGCCAGUUUUUGGCAACGUACCAGCGGUUAAAAAAGAUGCCGCCGUUCCUUCGUUCUCCUUCGGGAGUGCAACAAUGCCAGUAAAGCAAUCAACAACUGCACCAACUUCUAUUUUCGGCAACGCGUCAGCUGCUAAAAAAGAUAACGCCAUACCUUCGUCGUCCCUUGGAGAAACCAUAGCAGCAACAGCAAGCACCACUCCUUCCGCUUCAAUUUUCGGCAACGUGUCUCCUGCUAAAAAAGACGUCAACAUACCUUCGAUCACCUUUGGAGCUAGAAAAUCGGCAGAAAAGGUUUGCACAAGUACCACAGAUGGUACUACUCUAAACACCUCAAUUUUCGGAAAGAGUUUGGCGGCCAAAAAAGAGAGCAAUGCAGAAACUUCCAAGCCAAGUAGUAAACCAUCGCCCAGCAAGACAGCCGGCAACACAGUACGGAGCUCCGAAUACCGAGAUAAUGUGGCCGAUUUGAACCGUGAUCUGCUGAAGUUUCUAAACGAAAGCCUGGACAAGAGUCUCUACUGCAUACUGACUCCCGUAUUCCAAACAUAUGACAAGCACCUAAAGGAACUGCUGGACGAGGAGAAUGCCAAAACGAAGGCAAACUCUCAAAUGAAGGCCCCAGUUCCAGCAGGAUCGACUCUGCCGGAAAUGGCGACUAUCCCAACAACGCCAGUCACCGAUACUUUGGGAAAAGUUCCGUUUUCCUUUGGCAAACCUGCCACUCCCGUCACUGGCUCGUCGGUGCCCUUCUCCGCCAAGAAGCCAACUUGCACCAUUACCAGCGGCAGCACAGCCACCACGACAACCACACCGCUGUUCUCCUUUGGCAGCACUCCAGCUGCAGCUUCUCCGAAAAUACCUACCUCCACUUCCACCCCUGGCAUGAUGAGCUUCUCGCCAAAGCCUUUGGGGGAGAGUAAAACUGAAGAUGUGUCCAAGCCAGGCUUCUUUAGCUUUGGAGCUAAGGAUAAUUCCAGCAACAAGGCCGAAACAGCUGCCGUGCCACUGAAAACAAAUGGCUUUAGCUUUGGAUUCAAGAGUGCCGUCGCCGAUGACAAACCUGGCGGUAGCUCCUCGCUAUUUAUGGGAUUCGGAGGUGCACCUUCAGCGGCUGGAGGUGAUGCCAAGCCUUCUGCCGGUUUCUCAUUCACCCCAGGAGCCACACCCUUCUCCUUUGGCAAUAUAAAGCCGCCUGCAGCAGCUACAGAGUCCGCUGGAAACACAGAAGACCAGGAUGAAGAGGACCAGCCACCGAAGGUUGAGUUCAAACAGGUCAUCGAAACAGAUGCCGUGUACUCAAAGCGCUGCAAGGUGUUUGUAAUGAAGGGUAAGGAUUAUGCCGAUCGCGGAGUGGGCACGUUGCAUUUGAAACCAGUGAAGGACUCGGCGAAGGCACAGUUAAUUGUUCGUGCCGACAACAAUAUUGGUCAGGUACUGAUCAAUCUUAUGGUCGGCAAUGGCCUGCCCUGCCAACGCAUGGGCAAGAACAAUGUAAUGAUUAUGAGCCUGCCCAUGCCGGAGGAUACCAAAGCGGUGUCUAUUUUACUGCGCGUUAAGACCGGCGAAGAGGCCGACGAGCUAUUGGCGAAAAUCAAGGAGUACACCAAGUGAAGGGCCGCAUUUUUAAUAAAUCGUACAUUUGCAUGUUAUUUGAUUGUUUAUAUAAUUUACAAAGCUAUAAAAAUAGAAUAUCAGAAUGUA